AAAUAUUCCGGAGAGAGAGAGAGAGAACAGCGGUACCGAAUCUAAGCGAUGUCGGAUCCUUACGAGAGGGCGAAGGGUGGAAGGUUAGCGUUUAAAGGAGGCGAUCUAGCCACCAUCAAAAAGAAGAAGCCAAAGAAGAAGAAGAAGAACAAGGAUAAGCUCGACGACGGCGCCGCCCCCAAUGUUGAAAAGAUGACUCCCGACGACGGUCCGGCCACUUCCUCCGCCGCAGCAGAUGGUAAAGACAACGAUAUCUAUUCAAUCGACGCCGCGAAGAAGAGGAAGUACGAUGAGCUUUUCCCCGUGGAGGCGAAGAAGUUCGGUUACGUUCCUAAAUCGAACUUCGAUUCGGUUGCGGAGGCUCUCGACGAUCGGGUCAAGAAGAAGGCCGACCGCUACUGCAAGUAGAAUCAUCUCUUUUGUUGAAUCUACUCAACUUUUAUUUGGGUUUCGUACUCUCCUAUAAGCUAGUUUUUGCAGCGAUGCGAAAUUUGCAUAUUAUGUUUGUUGAAUUUUAUAUUCUGAUUGGAACUUGUUACUUUGGAAUCCAAAGUAGUGGUUGUUAUUUGGUAUUAUU